GAGUGAGUCAUCCAAUCUCAGUGUGGGUGGAGUCAUCAGUGUUUUUUCGCUAAAAUAAUCUGUUAAAACAGAUUUUCGUGAAAAUGGCACAAGAAAAGAUCACUUUGUCGGAUGCUUUGUCAAAUGUCGAGGUACUGGACGAACUUCCGCUGCCCGAUGAGCAACCUUGCAUCGAAGCCCAGCCCUGCUCCGUCGUGUAUCAAGCCAAUUUCGACACAAAUUUCGAAGACCGGAAUGGUUUUGUAACGGGAAUCGCUAAAUAUAUCGAAGAAGCGACCACGCACGCGAAUUUGAACAAACUUCUCGAUGAGGGACAAAAACAUGCGGUUAUGCUAUAUACCUGGAGGUGUUGUUCUCGCGCCAUUCCCCAGCCAAAGUCCAAUGAGCAGCCAAAUCGCGUCGAAAUCUACGAAAAAACCGUAGAAGUGCUCGCGCCCGAGGUCAACAAACUCCUGAAUUUCAUGUAUUUCCAGCGAAAGGCCAUCGAAGCGUUUUCCGGUGAGGUCAAACGUUUGUGUCACGUCGAAAAACGCAAAGAUUUUGUCUCGGAGGCGUAUUUGCUGACCCUGGGCAAGUUCAUUAACAUGUUCGCGGUACUGGAUGAGCUGAAAAACAUGAAAUCCAGUGUGAAAAAUGACUAUUCGACGUAUCGGAGAGCUGCCCAGUUCCUAAAAGUGAUGAGCGACUCGCAUACGUUGCAAGAAUCGCAAAAUUUAUCCAUGUUUUUGGCGACACAGAACAAAAUUCGGGACACCGUGAAAGAUACGCUCGAGAAAAUUAAUGGAUACGAGGAUUUAUUGUGUGACGUCGUCAAUAUUUGCGUUCACAUGUUCGAGACAAAGAUGUAUAUGAGUCCGGAGGAGAAACAUAUGCUCGUGAAAGUCAUGGGAUUUGGGCUUUUUCUCAUGGAUUCCGAUUUGUGCAACAUCAACAAGUUGGAUCAGAAGAAAAAAAUUCGUCUCGAUCGGAUUGACAGAAUUUUCAAGAAUUUAGAGGUCGUUCCGUUAUUUGGCGACAUGCAAAUCGCUCCCUUUAACUACAUCAAACGCUCCAAACAUUUCGAUGCCAGUAAAUGGCCUCUUUCGAGCAGCAACGCCAUUUCGCCGCAAGCUGAUCUGAUGGUUCAUUUGCCCCAGAUUCGCGAAGAUCACGUCAAAUACAUCUCGGAAUUGUCGCGUUACAGCAACGAAGUGACCACGACGUACAAAGACACGGCAAGCGACGCGGAAAAUCGAGCCACGGCGGAUUUGGCGUUAAGAGGGCUGCAAUUGUUGUCGGAAUGGACGUCAGUUGUCACGGAGCUGUAUUCGUGGAAAUUGUUGCAUCCGACAGAUCAUCAUCAGAACAAGGAGUGUCCGCAAGAGGCGGAGGAAUAUGAGAGAGCGACGCGGUAUAAUUACUCGGAUGAUGAGAAAUUUGCACUAAUUGAGGUGAUUGCGAUGAUUAAGGGACUGCAAGUGCUCAUGGGACGCAUUGAAACGGUGCUGAGUGAGGCGAUUCGCAGGAAUAUUUAUGCGGAGUUGCAGGAUUUUGUUCAGGUAACUCUCCGCGAACCCCUCCGCAAAGCAGUAAAAAACAAAAAAGACCUCAUCCGGAGCAUCAUCACCUCCGUACGUGAAACUGCUGCUGACUGGCAUCGCUUAGCCGAAGCCCAAAACGAUCCCGCCUUAAAGGGCAAAAAAGAUCCCGACGGCGGCUUUCACGUAAACGUCCCGCGUUUAAAUGUCGGUCCUUCUUCCACGCAACUCUACAUGGUCCGAACGAUGCUCGAGAGUCUCAUCGCGGACAAAUCUGGCGGCAAACGAACUCUCCGCAAAGACAUUGACGGCGCUUGUCUCGUUCUCAUCGAUCAAUUCCACAAAACGAGCUUUUAUUGGCCGUUUUUGUUGAGUUUCAGCGAAACGUUGCAAAAAUGCUGCGAUUUGUCGCAAUUGUGGUACCGGGAAUUUUAUUUGGAAAUGACAAUGGGUCGCAAAGUGAACAAAUGCACGGUUCGGCAUCAGCACAACGAAGAGUGUAACGACUUGAUAACGAUGGAAAAACGGAUUCAGUUCCCCAUUGAGAUGUCGAUGCCGUGGAUUUUGACGGACCAUAUUUUGCGCACGAAGGAACCGUCGAUGAUGGAGUACGUUUUGUACCCCCUGGACUUGUACAACGACUCGGCUUUGUAUGCCUUGACGAUUUUCCGCAAACAAUUUUUGUAUGACGAAGUCGAAGCUGAGGUCAAUUUGUGCUUCGAUCAGUUCGUCUAUAAACUCAGCGAACAAGUUUUCGCUUAUUACAAACAACUUGCCGGAAGUAUUUGUCUCGAUAAAAGAUUCCGUGUCGAAUGCGAGGUACUUGGCUUCAAUUUCCAAGUUUACCCAAAAACGAACCGUUACGAGACUUUGUUGAAACAACGCCAUGUCCAACUUCUCGGACGUUCCAUUGACUUGAAUAAACUCAUCACGCAACGCAUAAACGCCAAUAUGCAAAACAGCUUGGAAUUGGCAAUCAGUCGUUUUGAAGCCUCCGAUUUGACGGGCGUCGUCGAACUCGAAGCCCUGCUAAAUGUCAAUCGAUUGUGUCACAAGCUCCUGUCGCAACACUUGGCUCUCGAUGACUUUGAAACGAUGUUGAAGGAAGCGAAUCAUAAUGUUCUUGCUCCGUACGGGAGAAUCACGUUGCACGUCUUUGUCGAAUUGAAUUACGAUUUCUUGUCGAAUUUCUGCUAUAAUGCGGCGACAAAUCGGUUUGUACGCGGGAAAUAUAGUUUACUGCCGAAUCAACAGCCGUUGAGGGAAAAACCACCACAAAUGGCACAUCAUUAUUUGUGGGGUUCGAAACAAUUGAAUAUGGCAUUUUCGACGCAAUUUGGACAGUUUACUGGGUUUAUUGGACCUCCGCAUUUUCAUUCGAUUUGCAGAUUGUUGGGAUAUCAAGGUAUUGCUGUCGUCAUGGAAAUUAUCAUGAAAGACAUUGUGAAACCGCUAAUUCAAGGAAAUUUGUUGCAAUUUACGAGAACUUUGAUGUCGGCGAUGCCGAAGCAAUGCAAAUUACCGCGCUGCGAUUACGGAUCACCAGGCGUCCUCAGCUACUAUCAGGCCCAUUUGGUUGACAUCGUUCAAUAUCCCGACGCCAAAACGGAACUCUUCCAGCUCUUCCGUGAAAUGGGAAAUUCCAUUUUGUUCUGUUUGCUGAUCGAACAAGCGUUGUCGCAAGAAGAAGUUUGCGAUCUUUUGCACGCGGCUCCCUUCCAGAACAUUCUGCCUCGCCCUUACUGCAAAGAAGGCGAAAAGCCGGAACAAAAGCAAAAAAGACUCGAAGCUAAAUACGCCUCCUUGCAAAUUGUCUCGAACAUCGAGAAGCUCGGAACGACAAAACAAGCCUUGAUCGCAAGGGAAGGCGAUUUAUUGACUCGUGAACGUUUGUGUUGCGGCUUGAGUAUUUUCGAGGUGAUUUUGGGCAGGAUUAAAAUGUGUUUGGACGAUCCAAUUUGGGCAGGACCGCCGCCAGUGAACGGAGUUAUGCAUAUUGAUGAGUGCUCGGAAUUCCAUCGAUUGUGGUCCGCGUUGCAAUUUGUCUAUUGCAUUCCAGUGGGAAAUAACGAAUAUACGCCGGAAGAGUUGUUUGGCGAGGGAUUGCAUUGGGCUGGAUGCACGAUGAUCGUUUUGCUCAAUCAACAGAGGAAAUUCGAGGCACUCGAUUUUUGCUAUCACAUUCUUAGGGUGCAACGUGUGGAUGGAAAGGAUGAUACUGUGAAGGGAAUUAACCUCAAACGUAUGGUCGACCGAAUUCGCCGCUUCCAAGUACUGAACUCGCAAAUCUUCGCAAUUUUGAACAAAUAUUUGAAGAGUGGCGAAGCAGAAGGCUCGAAUGUGGAACACGUGAGAUGUUUCCCGCCGCCGCCUCAUCCAACACAAAUCCCAUCGCACUAUCACGACCCCAAUAAACUACGAAAUAUGUAAACGGAGGACUUUUUAUAAGAAAAAAAUUAUCAUUUAUAAGCUAAAAAAUCAUAAAAAAAUAAUAUUUAUUAUUAUAAUUACAAUAAUAUAACAAUAUUUACGAUUUAAUCAAAUAUUAAUUAAUUAAAAAAAAAUAAAUAAAAAAAUAUUUUAGGAGAUUAGUUGCUUAGCUUCUAUUAUCGUACAAUUUAUUAUUAUUACUCAUUAACUAAAAAUAAUAAUCUAGCAUGAUAUUAA